AUGGGAGAGGCCAAUGAUGUCCCAGGGAAUCUGGCUGUGAGUUACAUCACUGCAUCAUCUGCUAGAAUCAGCUGGCAGGUACCUACUGACAUACAGGAGACUCCACACAGCUUCCUGGUCUCUUACCAGUCUGAAGGGACUGAAGCAAAGAUUAUCGCUACUAGAAUAUCUCAUGUACUUCUCUCUGAUCUGAGACCAGCAACAGACUACACUGUAGACAUCUACACUGAGCUGCAGAAUGGAGAAAAGAGCCAGCCAACCUCUGUCCAUAUUAAGACAGAUAUUCCUGCACCACAGUGCCCAACUGUGAGGUCCAUCACGGCAUCAUCUGUUAGAAUUAGCUGGCAGGUGCCUAUGGAGAUGCAGAAGACUCCACACAGAUUCCUGGUCUCUUACCAGAGUGAAGGGAGUGAUCUACUGAGGGGAAGGAUCUCUACUGAGUACUGCAGCACAAACAUCACAGGACUGACACCAGGAGCUGCCUACACUGUUCUAAUCUACACUGAGCUCCAACAUGAAGGAAAGAGCCAGCCGGCGUCUAUUCAGAUGAGAAUAGGAAAGAAAUCUGCCUUUACUUCAUGCACAGUUCCACAAUGUCUGGCUGUGAGCUCAAUCACAGCAUCAUCUGCUAGAAUCAGCUGGCAGGUUCCUACUGAGAUGCAGAAGACUCCACACAGCUUCCUGGUCUCUUACCAGAGUGAAGGGACUGAGCCAAAGACCAUCUCUACUAGAAUAUGCCAUGUACUUCUCUCCGGCCUGAGACCAGGAACUGACUACACUGUAGACGUCUACAUUGAGCUGCAGAAUGGAGACAAAAGCAAGCCUGCUUCUGUUCAGAUGAGGACAGAGAUCCCAAUUCCUCAGUAUCUGACUGUGAGCUCCAUCACUGCAUCAUCUGCUAAAAUCAGCUGGCAGGUGCCUACAGAGAUACAGAAAACUCCACACAGCUUCCUGGUCUCUUAUGAGCCUGAUGGGACUGAACCAAAGUCCAUCUCUACUGAAUCUUGCUGCACAUUCAUCACAGGCCUGACAGCAGAAACUGUCUUCACUGUUCUAGUCUACACUGAGCUCCAACAUGGAGGAAAGAGCCAGCCUGUGUCUGUUCAGAUACAAAAGGGGCUGCUUCUUCCUGAGCUGCUGUCUGAUUUGGGCCUGAAGGAUCUGCCGGACGGGAACCUUACGCUCAGCUCAGUCCUGGAGAUCAACAGCAAAACAAUGUCUGACACACCACCACAAGGUCUACAACAACUACCAUGGAGUUUCUUAAAAAAACUCAUUAUGUCAAAUGUAAAUGCAAGAAACAACCAAUAUACACACGAACAAACAAUUUCUGGUUUUACCGAAGAUGAGGAGGAUGAUGAUGAGGGUGAUUCCAAUGCCAUUAAUCCUUUAGAUUUGAUCACUGCCCUUUUCCACUGUGCAGAUCCUUUCCUUCAACAGGAAAUGGUCUCCAAAAUGUCCUUGUGCCAGUUUGCUGUUCCUGUGCUGCUGCCAAACUGUGACACACAGCAGAGCACCUUGUUGCUAUGGGCCAUGAGAGAUCUAGUGAAGAAUUACAAACCUCUUUCAUCAUCAGAUGAGGUGGCAUUUGUAGAGGGCAGGAUAGUGGAGAUGGAAAUUCCCAUGGUGUCUUUCGUCAGGGCAGGAGAGAGUAGUUUGUCCAAAUCUCAAACUCUGAAUGACUUGCUCAGCAAUCCAUCUCAGUCCAAUAAACCAUUCAUCCACCGUAACUUAGAGUGUGGCGAUGUACGCAGGAAAAUCUCAGAUGGGCUGGUUGAAGUCAGCUGGUAUCUGCCCUGUGGGAACAAAAACAAUGAUAUAUUCACUCAGCCAGUGGCUGUGGCCAACCUGAGAGGAGACAGUAGGUUGUUUGAAGCUCAGGUGUCCUUCCUCUGUCAGAUCUCAGCUGCCGUUUUCAUCUUCAGUGAUGACCUGGAGGGUGACUUCAGUCUUUUCACCAGCAGAGAGAGAAAAGCAGAGCUGUUCCUGGUCACCAACUCUCAGAGGAAGGACCAUAAUGUGGAGAAACUCAAGGAGACUUGCAGAAAAUACAGCAUUGAGAAGGGAAAUAUGGUAAUCAGAAAAAAACAGAAUGAUUCUGAUUUUGUCAACAUGCUGUGUUUCCAUGUAAGAGGAGUGUUGGGAAAAGACCCGAUGACAACCAGUAUGUUUAAUGUGGCAGCUGUAGCCCAACGGAUUGGUAUUUUAGUAGAUGAGGACUCCAAUGAAUGUCAGAAUGCAAGAAAAAAUGCUGAAGGAAUUGGAAGAAUGGUGAAAGACGUUGUGGCAUUUAAGGAGGAGCAGCUGCCUUUGCAUGGAACCAUCUGGAAUCAAAUCAGCCAGUUGGAGAAAGAGAGGUACAGAAUGAGAAACGCUAAUAAGGAGACAGGCAUAGAAGAUUACAGGAGUAAAUUGACAGAAGAGGAAAAGGAUCUGAGAAAGAAACAGCAACAGAAAGAUAUAUCAGAAGCCAUGGCCAAAUUUAUUGCCGGGAUUUCAGAAUCAAAGAAAGAACGCCUGUACUUCCUGAAGUGGUUGAAUAUUCAGCUAGACACCCUCACCAGACAUCACCUGUCUUCACUGAGACAGAAGUACAAAGAUUGUCUUAACAAUAACCCUCAGAACAAGGAGCUGAUCAAAAGCUUAGAUGAGCAGAUCUCAAACUGUUCAUUGGGCCCUGAGCACUUCUUCCGUGAGCUUGGGCAGAUUUAUGAAUGUGCUUGCUCCCUUCCACAAAAUGACCCAGCCAGAAACCAAAUCCAGCACCUUCCUCGCCUGUGUGCUCAGAUGCUGCUGGAUGGGUUUCCAGUGGAGCUGGUGGAUGGAGAUACUUCAAACAUUCCAAUGAAGUGGAUAUCAGAUGUCCUCACUCAGCUGCAUGUGCUCGUGGACAAGAAGAGCAGGAUCAUAGUGUUGACUGUGCUGGGGGUGCAGAGCACUGGGAAGUCCACCCUUCUCAACACCAUGUUUGGGGUGCAGUUUGCUGUCAGCAGUGGACGAUGCACCAGAGGAGCCUUCAUGCUGCUGAUGAAGGUCUCUGAGGAACUCAGACCUGAGCUCAACUGUGACUUCAUCAUGGUCAUUGACACAGAGGGCCUAAAAUCACCUGAGCUGGCAGCACUGGACACAAGCUAUGAACACGACAAUGAACUAGCAACCCUGGUGAUAGGGCUCAGUGACAUCACCAUCAUCAAUGUUGCCAUGGAGAACAACCAAGAGAUGAAGGAUGUUCUACAGAUUGCGGUCCAUGCCUUUCUGAGGAUGAAGGAGGUUGGGAAGAAGCCCAGAUGUCUGUUUGUGCAUCAGAACGUGUCAGACAUGUCUGCUCAUGACAAAAACAUGAGAGAUCGGAAUAAGCUGGUGGAACAGCUCAAUGAGAUGACUCAGGCAGCAGCUAAGAUGGAGAAGAAAGAAGCCAACACAAAGUUCACUGAUGUGAUGAAAUAUGAUCCUGAGAAUGACAGCUACUACAUCCCUGGACUUUGGCAUGGAACUCCCCCAAUGGCCCCAGUGAAUACUGGCUACAGUGAAGCUGUGUAUGAACUCAAGAAAAAAUUGAUUCUUCUCUUCAAAUCUGACAAAGAAGCAAACAAUGAUGCAACAGAAUUUCUGGAGUGGACAAAGAGUUUGUGGAAUGCAGUGAAAUUUGAGAACUUCAUCUUCAACUUCAGAAACAGUUUGGUGGCUGAUGCCUACUUGGAUUUAUGCACUCACUACAACAGCUGGGAGUGGACAUUCCAAUCAGAGAUGAACAGCUGGCUCAUUGCCAAGACAUCAAUUAUAUCCAAUUUUGGAGUGACUGAGAAAAAUGUCCAAAUCAGUCAAUUACAGACUACACUCCAAGACAUAUUGAAGGAGGCCUUAAAGAAAUUAGAUGAAGAAAAGCAAAAAGUCCAGAACCAUCUUCAACUAUACUUUCAGGAAAAGAACAGCAAGGUUCGGUUAGUUGAACAAUACAGACAGGAAUUCCAAAACAGUGUACAUUUCCUUAAGCAAGAGACUGAGCAAUCUGUAAGGCAAUGUUUGAAGCAGGCUGUUAAAAUCAGAGAAGAGAUGGAAAAGGUGAACAAAAUCAAGAAAGAGCAAACUGAAACCAUAGGGAAGAAAGUAUUGGAGCUGCUUGAGGAAUGUAAGAAAAGGAAUGCUGAAUUAUCUGACCAUGACCUCAAUGUAGAAUUUGAUACAAUGUGGGCAGGAAUUAAGUUGUCAAACGGUCAACUCGAACAGACGGAUGUUUAUCGGAAUGCUGGCCUGCUGCUCAUGGGAAAUUUAGCUGAAAGGCGUGGACGCAUUGCUAAAUUGUUAAGUGAAGUUAACCUUAGGACUAGUGGACAAAAGCCAUUCAUUAUUCUUUCAGCGUGGUUUGCCACAUCAGAGAAACUGUGGAGUGCCCUUAUAAACCGGGAUAGAACAAUUUUCCUUCAAGAAAAAAAAGAGUUAUGUCAGGACAUCAUCACAAAUUGUCAAGAUCUUGUGAAGAGGCAUAUAAACACCAUGAAGAUAGGCAACACAGAUUACAAUGACACAUCCAUCAAAGAGAUUCUCAAUUAUAUUGAUGAAAGAAUAAAAGAUCAGAAGAUUUCUGAUGAAUGUGAAGCUCAUCUUAAAUUUCACAUCAUAGGGUGUGCAGCAACACAACUCCAAGAAGAACACAAUGAAUUCAAUAUCCGCAAUAGUCCACAGGAAUGUCUGCAGAAAUGUAAAAACACAUUUCUUACAAGUUUCCUGUCACUUUUUCAUGAAAAAGACAAAUGUUUGAAGAAUGCUCAACAAUUUGCAGAGACGUGUGUGAAGCCUGCAGUGCAGGACUAUGUGUCUAAACACCUUGGGCAGGCAGUAGCAGAUCAAAUGAAGACAGGAGAUGAGGGAGUGAUGUACAACACACCAAAAAACUUCAAGUCUGAGAUUUUAAAACAACUACUUCUUAAGGAGUCAUUUGAGAUGUACAAGACUUACACAACAUCAUAUGAGACAUUUGUGAAGGACUGGAUAAAGGACCAAAUAAUCCUGAAAAUGUCUGCAAGUGGCCAGAUAAAUCAAUUGGAGAAAAAACUCCUAUCUGAUAUUGUGCUGAAAAUAAACUAUGCAAUAACUAGCCUAGCAGGAAUCGAUGACAUCAAGGGCUUCAUCCAGCAGUUCUGCUCACACCUCCAGGAUCAGCUGGUCAUCCCAAGAGACUCCUUGGACACAUUCUUGUUUCUCCGUGAUGCUGACAUGGACCAGUUUACCUCCAACCUCAAACACUCCAUCAAGGAUAUCGAAAAGUCUUUAGUUCAAGAGUGCAACAACAGAAUUAGCAGUGAGAAUAUCACUAAGAGAAUUGAGCAGCUGCCCACUAAGCCCCAUGAUUUGCUCUUCUCCCGUUUGUGUGGAUGUGGACACCAGUGUCCCUUCUGUAAGACACCCUGUGAAGCAGGAGGACAGGGCCACACCAAACAUUUCUCCAGCAUGCACAGAUCUCAAGGUCUUGGACGUUAUAGAUGGGAUGAUUCCAAGAAACUAGUGAUAGAGAUAUGCACAACUUUAGUGAACAGUGACAGUAGAUUCAGGAGUGCAGAAACAAAUGGAGAAUGGCACCCCUAUAAGGCGUACAGAGAGAUCUACCCAGACUGGGACAUAGCAGGAGAUGCCAGCACUGAGGCCUCAGACUACUGGAAAUAUGUGAUGAAGGAGUUCAAUAAGGAACUGGCCGAAGAUCAAAAUGCCGAACCUGCAGAUAUCCCAAAUGAGUGGAGGAAGCUCACAAUGCAGGAUGCACUGUUAAGCCUGAAGAAAUCUUUUAAUAUCAAAUAG